AUGGCGCCAGCGCAUAGCCGAAUAGUUGAGGUGAGCAUCUACUUGAAUCAGUUCAUAUCCCCCGCCCUCCCUUCGACUUGCGAGGCCGCCUGCGCCACAGAGGACUUGCGCUGCGACUUGCCCAAUCCCCGUCGAACGCGCUCGGGGCGCGGGUUCUCGGCCUACCAACCCGAGACCAUCGAGGCGCCUAUUGACUAUGCCCUCCUGCUCAAGCAUGCGGUCGAGGUGCAGCUCGAGCAAGUUGACGACGACUGGUCCCACUCGCACGGCACCCUCCACAUGGACCUCCCUCCCCACCAUCCUACGCCAUCCCCCCGCCCUUCACGCCCUCCAUCCCCGUUGACGCCGCUUGCCCGCAGCCCCUCGCCCUCUGCGCCGCCGCCGCCGCCCAGCCCGUCCCCUUCGCGUAGCAGCACCGUCUACGUCAUGGAGCUUGACGAGCUGGUUAGCGGAAUAGCGCAGACCGAGGCCGCGGCGAGUAACGCCGCUGGCCGUAAACGGCCCGCAUCCGGACCAGACAGCGGCGACGAGGCUGGCGCGGGACCCGCCAAGAAGCAACGCAAGAGAUCCGAGGCUGAUAAGCUGAAGAAAAAGGAGGCGUCGAAGCGGCGCCUGAAGGCGAAGCGGGCGGCGCAUGUCGCCUCGGGAGAGCUUCCCAUCCGCCGUCCGGCCGACGCUAAGCAUGGCGCCAAGCCCGACAUUGAGAAGCCUGCCCGCGACAACAUCGCCCAUGCAUUCGACGUCGAUAAGUGGGGAUAUGGGGCCAUUAACGGCGGCUCCAUCAAAUCUCGGCCUUGGCGGGCGGGGGAUCUCGAUGCUGAGGGCGUCCGAUAUGUAGAAUGGGACGGAAAAAGCACGAAGGUCAUUCUCGACGCCAAGCGGCGCAUCGUCGCCGUCCUCCUCGCUCGUCCUAAGGAGUGCGCCGACGAGGCUGGGAAGACGAGCUGGGACCAUACCAUGGAGCGGCUCGCCGCUUUGUUUGAUCGCAUACGUCGCGAGCACGAAGGGCAGUGGAGUGGAGAAGACCACAACGGACGCAGGGGCAAGUUCACCUCGUUCGGCUUCGGGAGCUCGUUUGGCGGCGGGCAAGCGGCACGGGACUUAAGGAAGGACGGUUGGCAAGCCGAAGUUACGAAGGAGCUACGGGAGCAUCCCGACCUUCAGCGCUUGGCGCGCUGGGGGAGCGAGGGCUUCGCCAAAUUCUUCCCCAAGGCCUACGCCUUCGCCGCCAACAUCAUGCGGCAGCUCCUCGGCCGCGGCGACAUCACGCGCAACUUCCCCGGUAGCGUCUAUGCUGCCUCGACCUGCAACCUGGGCCCUCGGACGGUAUGCCUCGAUCACACCGACCACCUCAACUACCCCGGCAUUCCUUGCGUCAUCACCGGCUUUGGCGACUACAACCCAGACGAGGGCGGGGACCUCUUCCUGCUCAACUUUGGGUUGAGGAUCAGGUUCCCACCCGGCUCUACCGCGAUCCUCUCCUCCGCCGGCGUACGCCACGGUAACACGCCCGUACCAGACGGGCAGACGCGCUACUCGUUCACCCAGUACACAGCCGGUGGGCUCGUGCGCUGGGUGUCGAUGGGCUUUCGCAAGGCGACUGGGAUGAAUGUCGCCGAGCGCGUUAGGAUUGAUGGUGCGCCAGGCUCAAACUGGGAGGAGCAGCUAGCGCGCUUGAGCGUGUACGAGGAGUUGCAGGUGGAUCGUGCCGCAUUGGUCACAAAGUCUGGCGGAUAA